GGGUAGGCUGUUCCGCCGUCAACGAAAACAGUCAUCGUGAUAUGAUUUCUUCAAUGGGAACCCAAUUGAACACAGAACACUCCUCUUCUUCUAUCACCCAUGCUAUCCUGACCGAACGAUGAAUUGUCACCUUCAAGUACCAAGGGCACCAACAGAUUUGCUUCGCCUGGAAAGCAUCAAGAUCCUUGCCAGGCUUGAGCUUAUCAUUGAAUUCAGGCCCUGGAUUACUGCCAAAUCGCAUCGAAGAGAACCUGCCUACAGGGUCCUUUUCGAUUGCUUUUCUCUCGGUGCUCCGCUGGGUGUAUUACUUGACCUGCUCGGGUCUCCUGCACCCAGUUACCUCAAUGUGGACGUGGACAGUUUUAAUUUCGGUCUUUCUCUUGCAGAGAGGGAAAGAUUCGUUCAAAGUUUCAUCCAGCGUGUUAAUAUUCUUGAGAUCCAAGGAAGACUGUCGUAUGGAGAAGUUUUACGCGUGGAUGAUCUCUUCAAUGGCACCAGUUCUGGUUUCAUGAAGGUUCUCAAAACCGUCAACCGGAUCCUUUCCGCCUUACAAGACUGCUAUCCUGGUAUAUUUGUAAUCGCAAAAGAUACUGAAAGCCGUAAAUCUACUGCUAUGGAAGAACUCGUGGAAAGUGAACAUAUUCAUGUUGAAUUCCUACGUAUGGUCAUUGACCACGCCGCUUUUCUAUCUUGCGAGUCAAAGGCUCUAGAAACCGCCCUGGAAUCUGUGGUAGUCAUUGAGAAAAGAUUGCGGCAAUACCAUGAUCGUGUGCUCAGUUCUUUUCAGCAGGCUGAACUGGACUCUUCCUUUCUUGGUUCUCCAGACUGGGAAAUACUGUUUUCUUUUGACCAACAAUCCGUCCAGAACAACAUGGCAUCGACUUAUCGCUCUCUUUGUACUUCUUAUGUAUCUUUGUAUGAAUAUUUUGAACAAAUUAUAGGCACGCUCGAGCCGGUUCUCGCAGCGCACGCUCAGAUGCUCCUCGACAUUCUUUCCUAUCUUCCUACUCGAAUAUCAGAUUAUUGUGAACAUUUACAGCACAUUUUAUCACUUACCCUCCCCGACACUCUUUCUACUGAAAUUCAUCGUUCACAGCAUGAUACACUUUGCAGCACCAUUCUUAAAAUGACACACAUUUCCGCUGGGAUCAACGAAAUGAGCUGGGAACUUCGUACCUUGCGCGCUGUGAAAAUACUCAAAGGGCGUGCUUUUCAUUGGCACUCGCUCGGGACCUCACGUAGCGGACCAAUCAUUGACCCGGCUGAACUUGGAACACUGAUUUUAGAUGAUGAGUUGGUCGCCGAAGAUACUGAAACAACUUCGGGUUCUGCUCUAUAUCAGAUUUUUCUUUUCGAUGCCAUGCUUUUAUGUUGUUUACCUGGACCACAAGGAAAUAGUCGCCGUCACGGAUACAAUGACGAACAUUUAGGCUCAGCUAGAUAUCCCGUUAGACCAUGGGAGCUGGGCCCGGCUCUAAGAAGAACUGUACCUUUAAACCUUAUUUAUGCUAUUCCGACCAAGGAAAUGGUGGAGUUACGGCUGCUCGAUUCUGAUUGUUUCGAGUUGGAUUGGAGUCCAAAUUUAAAUCAGGAUCAAGCAUCGCGUUUCGCUCUGUCUACAUUGAGCUUAUUAUUUCAAUGUCCUUCAGGACAAGGCCAAUACAAUCAAUGGACCUCCGCUUUGGAAGAGUUCGUUCAUACGGUUAUUGAUGCACGCUACACAUCAUUCAACCCAGGCGGAAAACCACCUCAUUCAAAUACCAAAAUUGAGGGAUAUGAUGGGGAUGACGGAGAUGUUCAGAGCCUCGCCCUGUCAGAAGACUUUCCCGACGACUUAUCAACAGAACUCGCCAAAUUUAAUCUUAGCCCUGAAUCCAGCAACGGUCGACGUCAUUCUCAUCCUCGGCCGUGGAGUCUCAUCGCUAGGAAAGGGCCUCACUCGGAGUCGUCUUCGCUUCAUCAACAGCUGCUUGAAGAGGAGGGACAGGAGCUUGAAGACGUUCUCAGCCCAAACAUGCUUCCAACGCUGUUUACCUCCAUCAGUAUUGGGAGUAAAGGUUCUAUCACUCCUUUGAGCCCGAUUGCUGUGGGUGGUGUAAUGCGGGAUCCAACAGAAUUCCAACACAUGGUGAUGCCUCCUACGCCUCCGCCCGAAGGUGAUCUUGUGUAUGAAAUCGCAGUAUCAGAGCGAGUCAUGGACUUUACCGGUCAAAUCUCACUAGUGGGAGGAUGCGCAGUCGCAGGAGGCGGAUAUUCAGAUGUCUGGAGGGCGAUCCUGAACAGUAGGAAGGACGGACACGGACAGGAGUUGAAGGUUGCAGUGAAGGUUAUACGAUCGAACUAUGGUAAUCCUGAGAACGAGAUAAUCCUAAAGAGGAGACUUGCUCGGGAACUUGACGUAUGGAAACAACUAAAUCAUCCAAACAUCCUUCCUCUUUACGGAAUCACAUCCGGAUUUGGACCAUACGAUUCUCUGGUAUGUCCCUGGAUGGAAAACGGAAGUGUCAGCCGAUACAUGGAGAAGUGGGGUGAUAUUUUGUCUAUGACGGAUCGACUGCAGCUGCUCUGUGAAGUAGCGGAGGGUCUAUGUUACUUACACUCUCGUGGUAUCGUACAUGGAGAUCUCACUGGCUCUAACAUAUUGAUUGACGACAACAAACAUGCAUGCCUAUGUGACUUUGGGCUCUCAAGCAUAGUUAAUGAAUAUCAGGGCGCGUCUUCGACUCACUCGACAAUCAGCGGGGCAAUACGCUGGGCCGACGCCACCCUGUUCAUGGCUCAAGCUGCUCAGUCGGAAAUGGAAGAGCCCUCGGAUGAGCAGCAAGGGAUAAUGCCAAUGCUAACAGCAAAGAGUGAUAUAUACUCGUUCGGCAGUGUCACUUUAGAGAUCCUUUCUGGUCGCAUACCAUAUCACUACAUCCGCAGCGAUGCCCAAGUCAUCUUUGAACUGGCUCAAGGUAGAAAGCCUCGCCGGCCUAAUGCAUCAUUCAUAACCGAUUCUCAAUGGAAAUUCAUCUCAACGAGGUGCUGGCAUGAUGUACCCGACCUUCGACCCGAUGCAGAGGAAGUAGUAAACACGAUGCGGAGAUUAUUGCGUGUUAGUUUGGAGUUCCGUCGACACACAGGUGCUGGUGAUGUAUGGGACACAGAGUCGGGGGAAAUGUCUCUGUGGGGCGAACCUAGUGAUAUCUUGAAUUUAGCCCGUAGGCAUAGUGAGCCUCUCUCAUUCUGAUAUCAGAUUCCGCGGUCAGCGUCCGUUGCGCCGUUGUGAAGAAGUGUGAAGAUCGGUGAAAGUACACAAGUAGUGUUUGUACGGAUAUGAUUUGGAACUGCUAUUUCAAAUGGUUUUAAUUCUCUAUGAAGCUUUGUACAUCGAACAAAGUGGGCAUUCUCAGUGUGAGAUCAAGCGGAGUGUGAGUUGGCGC